ACAUAUGCAUAAAGGACAGUAUGGAGUAUCUCUCCCAUUCCUAUUUCAUCUACUUGUCUCCCUCAUACAAUAUCCCUAUUUAAUAACAUCCCUACCCUAAUACCUUUCUCAAACACUUUUCCUCUUCAACUCCUAACACCAACUGACAACAACAUUCUCUUAUAUCAACCUAACCUAAUCUCUCUUUCAUGGCUACCCUUUUCUCUCUCUCCUCCAUCAUUUUCCUCACCUCAGAAACUAAAUAAGUAAUUAAUUUGCAUUAUUUUUCUAUCUUCUCUUGAAAUAUUCACUUAAUAUAAGAGCUUCCUACACUCUAUAGUAUCAACCUAGCUAGCUAGAAUCUAGGUUGCAUUUGUUUCCUCUUCCUCAGCCACAUUCUCUAGGCUCUUUUCAUUUACAUUUAAGAGAUUAGAAACUAAACAACAAAAUAUAUUUCUGACACACCUACACCUACCUCCUUAACAAUGUCUAGCAGAAGAUCUAGUUCGAGACAAUCUGGUGUUUCCACUGAGAUCUCUGAUGCUCAAAUUAAUGAUCUCAUCACCAAGUUGCAACAACUUAUCCCUGAACUUGCAAGGCGUUCCAACAAGGUUUCAGCUGCUAAAGUUUUGCAAGAGACUUGCAAUUACAUCAAAAACUUGCAUAGAGAGGUUCAUGAUUUAAGUGACCGAUUAUCACAACUUUUGGACACUAUAGACCCUAACACUCCUCAAGCAGCUAUCAUUAGGAGCUUAAUUAUGUGAUCAAUAUGUCUAAUUAAUAAAUUAGUUUUUAUGUCGAGCACAUGUCUUUUAAAAUGUCUCACUAGCUAGCUUGUACUUUAUAAUUAUAUGUCAACCUUUCGACAUUUUGUGUAACAACUUUCAUUAUAUAACUAUUAUUAAUAUAAUGAAUUAAUUCCUAA